UAGUUAAUUCGUACAUUUGUAAAUACAGUUUAAUUGCUCUUUCUUGAAAAAAUGCAUUGAAGAUUUCUCAUAUAAACAAUUCGAAAGAAAAUUUACCUAUUGAAAAUGAUAACGAAUAUUAAGAUAAUCCUUGUGACUUGUAUAUCUGUUUUAUCUGCAGUAAAAGGUUCAUUGUUUCCUUUUGUUUAUCCACGUAUCAAUCUUGAAGCAAAAUAUAAUGAAAUUUCAGGUGAUCCAUUAAUACUUACACCAUACCUUGAGAAACGCGAAAUAAAUUUAGCACGGAAUCUCUCUCGUGUCAGUUUUACUGAGAAAAUUGGGUUUUCUAGUUAUGCCGGUUUCUUCACAGUAGAUAAAAAAUAUGAUUCAAACCUAUAUUUUUGGUAUUUUCCUGCAUUCAAUAAGAAUAAGGCCGCACCUGUUGUGUUGUGGCUCCAAGGAGGACCAGGUGGGAGCUCACUGUUCGGUUUAUUCACUGAAAAUGGACCAUUGAUAGCAAAGAAAAAUGGAUUCGCAGUAAGAAAAUAUCACUGGGCUAUCGAAAACAAUCUCAUCUUUAUUGAUAAUCCAGUGGGGACUGGAUUUAGUUUCACAAAGGAUAAGGAUGGAUACUGCAAAGAUGAAACAUGCGUAGGGAAAGGACUGUACUCAUGUUUGCAUCAAUUUUUCACAUUGUUUCCUAACUUGCGAAACAAUGAUUUUUACAUCACUGGCGAAUCAUACGCUGGCAAGUACAUACCAGCCUUGGGAAUGCAAAUUCACAAUCAGAAUAUGAUUUCUAAAAACAAAAUUAAUUUAAAAGCCAUGGCGUUAGGUAAUGCUUAUUGUGAUCCAAUAAAUCAACUAGAUUAUGGAAAUUAUUUAUACCAGCAUGGUUUAAUAGAUUUCAACCAACAGAAAUUGUUUUUGAAAAUGCAAGCAGAGAUCACAAAUGAAUUGAAACAACAAAAUUGGGUAGAAGCUGGUAUACUUAUGGACAGACUAAUGGAUGGUGAUCUCACAAACUUCUCAUAUUUUAAAAACUACACAGGUUUUAGUAAUUACUACAAUUUUUUGGAGGAUAAAGAUCUGACGGAUACAUCUGUGUUUAUAAAACUUUUGAAUAAUGAUAAAAUAAGGAACAGUGUGCAUGUUGGUGGGUUACCAUUUAAUGAUGGUAGAGACGUUCAAAUAAACUUAAGUGCAGAUAUACUACAGUCAGUGGCCCCUUAUGUGUCAGAAUUGUUAUCUCAUUAUCGAUUAAUGUUUUAUAAUGGACAGUUGGAUAUAAUCGUAGCAUAUCCAUUAACAGAGAACUUUCUCCGUAACUUAAAUUUUUCGUCUUCUGAAGAAUAUAAAGUUGCACAACGUAAAAUAUGGAGGCUCGGUGAUAAUAUUGCAGGAUAUUAUAAGAAAGCUGGUAAUUUAACUGAGGUUUUGGUGCGGAAUGCUGGCCACAUGGUACCGCAUGAUCAGCCUAAGUGGGCUUUUGAUCUCAUUCACAGAUUUAUAUUGAAUAAACUAUAAAUAUUUCGUUGGUAUUUACUUAAGUAACUGAUCGAUCAAUAUUCUGAAAUAUUUUUUUUUCUAUUAUUAUUUUUGGGUUGCGGGAAAUAAAACCUUUAAUAAGC